AACUGGAUGUUUGAUCCGCACCAGACACCACGGAUCAUUCAAUCCAUUGUUUCUGACUGUCUCUCAUUCCCAUUCUCACUUGUUCCUUCCUCAUUUCUAGAACUGCAAUUGCUUCCAUUAUCAUCACUUCCUCUCUCUAAAUUAUGGAGGGUACCCUCUUCCCCAAUAGGCCAGUGUUACCAGCGCCACCAAACAAACCCAAAAGGCCUUUGAAAUCGAAGCCAACAACACUUCUUCCACCUCUUAACCCUCCUCCGCCGCCACCAUCUCCGCCACCAUCAUUUCAAUUGGAUUCUCUUCUCCAUCACUUGCAGAAUCUCACUGCUGUCACUCCAACUCAGAACGACAUGACCCAUUUCCCUUCUUUACAGGUACUCCUUGAUUCCUCUGAGAGAAAGCAACCCAAUUCAGGUUCUGACCCCAGGAUUGGUCAAGACCAUAUCUUUGAUGCAAAGUUUGAAUUUUUAUCUGAAAAGGGUAAGUUGAUGCUCAAUUCGAUUGUUGGGUCACCUUUGCGUCGCUUGAAUGAUUUUUUUGAUUCUGCGAAAUUUGAGUUGCUUGAAGUUGAUUUGACAAGCCUGUUGAGGGCUUUGGACCUUUCUGGGAAUUGGGAAAGGGCCAUUUUGUUGUUUCAGUGGUUAUUGUUGAAUUUUGGGGAUGAGAGUUUGAGGGUGGAUAACCAGCUUAUUGAAAUUACGGCUAAGAUAUUAGGGAGAGAAUCGCAGCAUUCGAUUGCAUCCAAACUGUUUGAUUUAAUUCCUGUUGAAGAAUACUCUCUUGAUAUCAAGGCUUACACCACUAUUCUUCAUGCAUAUGCUCGCACUGGAAAGUAUAAGCGAGCUAUUUAUAUCUUUGAGAAGAUGAAGGAGAGUGGUCUUGAUCCUAGUUUGGUCACUUACAAUGUUAUGCUUGAUGUUUAUGGCAAGAUGGGUCGUUCCUGGAGUAAAAUCUUGCGCCUAUUGGAUGAGAUGAGAGACAAAGGGCUCGAGUUCGAUGAGUUUACGUGCAGCACUGUGAUCUCUGCUUGUGGGAGAGAGGGCAUGCUAGAGGAAGCAAGGAAAUUUUUCGCUGAAAUAAAAUCCAAUGGCUAUAAACCGGGAACUGUUACUUAUAAUUCGCUGCUGCAGGUGUUUGGAAAGGCUGGAGUUUAUGCAGAGGCGUUGAGCAUCUUAAAGGAAAUGGAGGAUAACAAUUGCCCACCUGAUGCUGUCACUUACAAUGAGCUUGUGGCAGCAUAUGUAAGAGCUGGGUUUCUUGAUGAAGGUGCCGGUGUCAUAGAUACAAUGACCAGUGGAGGAGUAAUGCCAAAUGCUGUUACUUACACAACCAUUAUAAAUGCAUAUGGUAAGGCAGGGAAUGAAGACAAGGCGUUAAAGUUGUUCGCCCAAAUGAAGGAGUCGGGUUGUGUCCCUAAUGUGUGCACAUACAAUGCGGUUCUUGCAAUGCUAGGAAAAAAGAUGAGAUCAAAAGACAUGAUUAAGGUUUUCUGUGACAUGAAGUUGAACAGAUGUGCUCCUAAUCGUGCUACGUGGAACACCAUGCUUGCUGUGUGUGGUGAUAAGGGUAAGCACAAUUAUGUCAACCAGGUUCUAAGAGAAAUGAAGAACUGCGGAUUUGAGCCUGAUAAAGACACAUUCAAUACGUUAAUUAGUGCAUAUGGUCGGUGUGGAUCCGAAGUUGAUGCUGCAAAAAUGUAUGGGGAAAUGAUUAAAGCUGGCUUUACUCCAUGCGUAACAACUUAUAAUUCUCUUCUAAAUGCUCUUGCAAGGCGAGGUGAUUGGAAAGCAGCUGAAUCUGUCAUUCAGGACAUGGCGAAGAAGGGCUUUAAGCCUAAUGAAACCUCAUACUCGCUUUUGCUUCAUUGUUAUUCCAAGAAUGGGAACAUCAAGGGCAUAGAGAAAGUUGAGAAAGAAAUCUACAAUGGCCAGGUAUUUCCCAGUUGGAUGCUUUCAAGAACACUUGUCAUAGCAUAUUCCAAGUGCAGGCACCUUAAGGGAAUGGAAAGGACGUUUCAGCAACUGCAAAAGAAUGGAUACAAGCCUGAUUUGGUCAUAGUUAAUGCCAUGCUCUCUAUGUUUGUUCGAAACAAGUUGUACGAUAAGGCGCAUGAAAUGGUGCAUUUUGUUCAUGAAAUCGGACUGCAGCCGAAUCUUGUUACCUAUAAUAGCUUGAUGGACUUGCAUGCCCGAGAGGGCGAGUGUUGGAAAGCCGAAGAAUUGCUCAAAGGAAUCCAAAGCUCGGGUCAUAAGCCGGAUGUUGUGUCUUAUAACACUGUCAUUAAGGGGUUCUGCAAGCAAGGGCUCAUGCAGGAGGCUAUUAGAGUCCAUUCGGAGAUGACCGCUAACGGAAUUCGACCGUGCAUCUUCACAUACAACACAUUUUUGGCAGGCUAUUCAGGGCAGGGGUUGUUCAAGGAAGCAGAAGAGGUGAUUAUGUAUAUGAUUGAACACAAUUGCAGGCCAAAUGAGAUGAGUUACAAGAUUGUUGUUGAUGCUUAUUGUAAAGCAAAGAAAUAUAAAGAAGCAGUGAUCUUUGUGUCAGAGAUUAAGCAGUUUGAUGACUCUUUUGAUGACCAAUCUGUGAAAAGGCUAUCUUCUUACAUUUGGGAGAUUUCAGGGUCUUGACUUUGUCAAUUUUCCCUCUCAAUUUUUUUUAUUUUUUAACACAGUUCAAAUUCUAGCCUGUUGGCAACUCCUUUUGUACUAUAAACUUAAUUAAUAAUAAUUACAUUAGUCAUUAGUCCAUAAAAAAUAAGGCAUGUUGUGCUUUACAUGUACAUUGAAUCUAUUGCAAGUAUAUGAGGACGAACAAAAAAUGGAGAUAAACAUAAGAUUAAAAAUAGUUGUAUU